AUGUUUAACUACGAACGUCCAAAACACUUCAUCCAGUCCCCAAACCCAUGUGGCUCUAGACUGCAGCCUCCUGGACCGGAAACAUCCAGCUUCUCUAGCCAGACCAAACAGUCUUCCAUUAUGAUCCAGCCCCGCCAGUGCACAGAGCAAAGGUUUUCUGCCACCUCCACAGUGAGCUCUCACAUCACCAUGUCCUCCUCAGCUUUCCCUGCUUCCCAGCCGCUUGCUGGCUCCAACCCAGGCCAAAGGGUUACAGGCACCUAUAACCAGUCCCCGGCCAGCUUCCUCAGCUCCAUAUUACCAUCACAGCCUGAUUACAGUACCAGUAAAACCCCUUCCACUGUGGAAUCCAACUAUCAACAAUCAUCGGUUGGUCAACCUGUAAAUGCUAAGCCAUCCCAAACUGCAAAUGCUAAGCCCACACCAAUGACUCCUGACCAUGAAAUACAGGGAUCUAAAGAAGCUUUGAUUCAAGAUUUGGAGAGGAAGCUGAAAUGCAAGGACACCCUUCUUCAUAAUGGAAAUCAACGACUAACAUAUGAGGAAAAGAUGGCUCGCAGAUUGCUGGGACCACAGAAUGCAGCUGCUGUAUUUCAAGCUCAGAAUAGUGAUGCACAGGAUUCACCACAGCAUCACAACCCAGAACAUGCACGACUGCAGGUUCCUACAUCACAAGUAAGAAGCAGAUCAUCCUCAAGAGGAGAUGUGAAUGAUCAGGAUGCAAUCCAGGAGAAAUUUUACCCACCACGUUUCAUUCAAGUGCCAGAAAACAUGUCAAUUGAAGAAGGAAGAUUCUGCAGAAUGGACUUCAAAGUGAGUGGGCUGCCGGCUCCUGAUGUGUCAUGGUAUCUAAAUGGAAGACCAGUUCAGUCGGAUGAGUUGCACAAAAUGAUAGUAUCUGAGAAGGGUUUCCAUUCACUCAUCUUUGAAGUGGUCAGAGCUUCAGAUGCAGGGGCUUAUGCUUGUGUUGCCAGGAACAGAGCAGGGGAAGCCACCUUCACCGUGCAGCUGGAUGUCCUUGCAAAAGAACAUAAACGAGCACCAAUGUUUAUCUACAAACCACAGAGCAAAAAAGUUUUUGAGGGAGAAUCAGUGAAACUAGAAUGCCAGAUCUCAGCUAUACCUCCACCAAAGCUUUUCUGGAAAAGGAAUAAUGAAAUGGUACAAUUCAACACUGACCGAAUAAGCUUAUAUCAUGACAAUUCUGGGAGAGUGACUUUACUGAUAAAAGAUGUAAACAAGAAAGAUGCUGGGUGGUAUACCGUGUCUGCAGUGAAUGAAGCUGGGGUGACCACAUGUAACACAAGAUUAGAUGUUACAGCCCGUCCAAACCAAACUCUUCCAGCUCCUAAACAGCUGCGUGUUCGACCAACUUUCAGCAAAUAUUUAGCACUCAAUGGGAAAGGUUUGGAUGUGAAACAAGCUUUUAACCCAGAAGGAGAGUUUCAGCGUCUGGCAGCUCAAUCUGGACUCUAUGAAAGUGACGAACUUUAA